AUGAUGAAGAAAGCCACACUGCUGGUGUUUUGCUGCCUGGUCGUGUCUUUAUCGGGCUCUCCACUCUACCCAUCUAUUAGGUUUGGCCAGAGAGACACAUCAAUUCUGAUGACAUCUUCCAUAGAGAACCCAGUACAGCUGCUGGAAGACAGUGGGGUGCCAACCAGGGUAGAAACUGAACUACGCUCAGGACGACACGCAGAUGCCAUUUUUACCAACAGCUACAGGAAAGUCCUAGGUCAGAUAUCUGCAAGAAAAUUCCUCCAGACAAUCGUGGGAAAACGGCUAAGAGAUGAAAGAGAGAGUUAUGUGAAACGUAUGUCUGACAUCUAUGAACGGUCCUACAAAGAAGAUCUUACAUCCAUCCAGAGGAACCAAAGACACAGGGGGAACACAUGA